UUGAGAGAUUAGUUGUAGAUGUGUAUCACCAGUUGUAAAAAGAAUUUGCCUUUUGCUUUUAAAACAAGUAGCUUUAAACAAUCCAGCCAAAUUAGUUUUCAGUGUCUUUGACAGUAGAUCAAAAAGGAAAAAUGCUACAAAAUAUAAUAUAGUUUUGCAGUAUCAUGCAUUCCCAUCAAUGUGUAGCUAAAAUUCAUGUAUUUACAUAGCCUUGAUUUUGGCACCAGCUGUUUUUUUUUUUGGUUUUACAAUGGACCGCAUGUUUGUACUGAUGAGUGAUGUAUUUCUCAUAUUUCCCAUGAUAGAUAAACAAAUCCGUAUAUAUGUCAGCAUUGCUGUAGGUAUAGGUAUAAUUCAUUCUAAACAUAAUAGAAGUUUCCUCUCGUUCCACAAUUCGGGCCAAACGGUUACCGGGGGGCUACGGGACAACGGGGGAAUGGCCUAACGCGCGCCCCCGCCUGUCGCGGACGAAUAUUAGAAUAUGUCGUUUUCGUGCAGUCUGUUUGUUACAUGGUAGAGCGAGAGAGAAAGAGAGAGCGAGCGAGCAAAUAAGGCACAGCAGCAGCACCAGUGGCGGCAGCAGCGGCAGUGCAUCUGUGUGUCUUCGUAUCGACUUGUCUCCGACUGCCAAUCGUCAGUCAAUCGGUUUGGGCUCGAGAUUUCACAGCAGCUGAUCUUCAGGAGCAUUCGCUAUCCGCCAACACCGACAGACAUUCGGCUCCCACCCUUCGUUUUCCCCUAAGAGAGUACAAACGCGGCUCCGUCCCAUUUAUAUAGCAGUUUCUUGCAUUUUUAAUGGAAAAUGGCGCUCUGCCCUCAGUCAUCCGGAAUGUUUUGCCUGUUCUCAAUCCAAACUAUCCUGAUCAUCUGCGUGACCUCGCCAGGAACAGAGACUCUCAAAUUCCCGCAGCAUUUCACGAUGGUCCACUGGGCUCGACGCAUAGAGAAGGAGCUGGAGAGGGUCCUGCCGCUGGUCACGGGAGUGCAGCAGAUGAAAGGGAUUUACAGUGAGAAGAGGAGCCAGUAUGACACGAAGAGCAACCAACCCAAGGAGCUGGUGGAGCGGGUGGCACGGAACAUCGCCCGGCUGCUCAACAGCAAGCGCAAGGCCCUGGAGAGACUGGCUCAAGAAGCGGAGCGACUGCAGAGGGAGACUCCUUGGCAAGACGGCCUCAAAGAGUCUGACAUCUCCUAUUAUGACUCCAAAGCAGAGGCUGAUUACUCGGAUGAUGAUGAGGAGAACCUGCUGGAAAACCCCAACUCUCUGAAGUUAGACUUCACGGAUGAUCCCAACUUCAAAAAUAAGGUCAACUACUCCUACACGGCUGUCCAGAUCCCCACUGACAUCUACAAGGGCUCCCCCACCAUCCUGAAUGAGCUGAACUGGACCCAGGCACUGGAGCCCGUCUUCAUCAGUAACAGCCAGGAGGAUCCCUCGCUGCGCUGGCAGGUGUUUGGCAGUGCCACCGGUGUCACCAGAUACUACCCAGCCACCCCAUGGAGAGCACCAAAUAAGAUUGAUCUGUAUGAUGUGCGCCGAAGACCAUGGUACAUCCAAGGAGCCUCGUCUCCCAAGGACAUGGUCAUCAUUGUGGAUGUGAGUGGCAGUGUGAGUGGCCUGACGCUGAAGCUGAUAAAGAUGUCUGUGCUGGAGAUGCUGGACACCCUGUCUGAUGACGACUAUGUCACUGUAGCACGGUUCAAUGAGAAGGCCGAGGCAGUGGUGCCCUGCUUCAGGUCCCUGGUGCAGGCCAACAUGCGCAACAAGAAGAUCUUCAAGCAGGCCAUUAACCUCAUGCAGGCCAAAGGCACCACGGUCUACAAGUCUGGCUUCCAGUUCGCCUUCGAGCUGCUCCUCAAUGACACCGGUUCCCCCAGAGCCAACUGUAAUAAGAUGAUCAUGAUGUUCACAGACGGAGGGGAGGACCGGGCCCAGGAGGUCUUUGAGAAGUACAACUGGCCCAACAAAACAGUCAGAGUGUUCACCUUCUCUGUGGGGCAGCACAACUAUGAUGUCACCCCACUGCAGUGGAUUGCUUGUGCCAACAAAGGUUACUACUUUGAAAUUCCAUCCAUUGGGGCUAUCCGGAUCAACACACAGGAGUACCUGGAUGUUUUAAGUCGGCCCAUGGUCCUGGCUGGAACCCCAGCCAAACAGGUCCAGUGGACCAACGUCUACCAGGACGCUCUGGGCCUGGGACUGGUGAUCACUGGAACCAUGCCCGUCUUCAACCUCACUGCUGACGGGGACACACGGAAUCAGCUGAUCCUCGGAGUAAUGGGAGUGGACAUUACACUGAAUGAAAUUCAAGCACUCACGCCUAGAUACAAGCUUGGGGCAAAUGGAUACACAUUUGCCAUAGACCCUAAUGGCUACAUCCUCUUGCAUCCUAACCUACAGCCUAAGACCAUUAACUUCAGAGAGCCCGUCACUCUAGACUUCCUGGAUGCUGAGCUGCAGGACAGCAACAAAGAAGAGAUCCGUCGCCUGAUGAUUGAUGGCCGGCCAGGGAAGAAGAAGAUAAAGACCCUGAUUAAGUCGAUAGAUGAGCGCUACAUUGACGAAGCCAUGAGAACUUACAUCUGGACCCCUGUGGAUGGAACAGAUUACAGUUUGGGGCUGGUUCUGCCCACCUACAGCGAGAGCCACAUCCGAGCCAAUCUGAGCGACCAGAUCCUUCAGGUUCAGUUGCCAGUGUCAGACAGCAAGGAUUUUGAGUCACUGCUGCCCAACAGCUUUGAGUCCGAGGGCCAUGUGUUCAUUGCUCCCAGGGAAUACUGCAAAGACCUGGAGCUUUCUAGCAACAACACUGAGUUUCUUCUCAACUUCAUCGCCCUGAUGGAGAAAGUCACGCCGGACUCCAAGCAAUGUGAUAACUUCCUUCUACACAACCUAAUUCUGGACACGGGAAUCAUUCGCCAGCUUGUGGAGAAAGUGUGGAAAAAUAAGGAUCUAAAGACAUAUGGCUUCCUAGCAGUCUUUGCAGCCACAGAUGGAGGGGUCACGCGAGUGUUUCCCAAUAAGGCUGCUGAAACUUGGGAGGAGGACCCUGAGCCUUUCAAUGCCAGCUACUACCGCCGCAGCCUGGACAACAAGGGCUACAUCUUCAGAGCUCCUUACCGCACAGUGAACAGCGAGCUCCUGGAUCCAGAGAAUGACACCAUCGGCAUCCUGGUCAGCACGGCGCUGGAGCUGUCCGUGGACUCCAGGACCAUCAAGCCUGCAGUGUUGGGUGUUAAGCUGGACCUCGAGGCCUGGACUGAGAAGUUUAAGAUGCUCGCUACCAACUACACAGGAACCCGCCAGAGCUCCCCAUCGUGUGGAUCAAAUGGUUGUGAGAUGGACUGUGAGGCCAAUAGUGAGGACCUCCUGUGCUUCCUGAUCGACGACGGUGGAUUCCUGAUCAUGUCCAAUCAGAGAGACCACUGGAGUAAGAUUGGUAUGUUUUUCAGUGAGGUUGACCCCUACCUGAUGCACGCCUUGUACAAUAACUCCUUCUACAACCGCAAGCGCUCCCAUGACUACCAGUCCGUGUGUGCGCUGGUGCCAAACAGCAACACAGGAGCCGCACCUCGAGGGGUGUUUGUGCCAACCAUCGCUGAUUUCCUGAACAUGGCCUGGUGGACAUCAGCAGCAGCAUGGUCUCUGCUGCAGCAGAUGCUGUAUGGCAUGGCCUACCGCAGCUGGUUUGUGACAGAUACGGUGGAUGCGGACGGGAUGGAGUCUAGAGAAACCAGCUGUGUCAAGAUCCAGACUCAGUUCUACUUCACCAACGUCACCAGCUCCUACAACACCCUACAGGACUGCGGCAACUGCUCCCGGUUGUUCCAUGCUAAACGGAUAGAGAACACCAACCUGCUGUUUGUGGUGGCUGAGAUUCUACCCUGCGGCUCCUGUGAGAUUGAGAAGCUCUCUCAAGUGGAGGUCGACUUCAAAGAGGAGGACCCGUGUGAUGUCCUUGCUACAGCACGGUAUCGAAAAGGCCCUUCCACCUGCUUCGACUACAACACGGCGGAGAACUCGUCAGACUGUGGCCGGGGUCACUCCUUCAGCCCCUCCAUAGGCACUCUUCUCUCCCUCCAGUUUCUCCUCCUUUCUAUAUGGGUCACUCCUCAGGCCCUGCCUCUCUCUCUUUAACUCUUCCCCUCCCUC